GGUUUAGUGAACCCCGCCGGAGAGACAACCCAACCCCCCUGCUCGACCCGCUGAACUGCCGAAGCAUCGCCUACUCUUCCUACUCAGCUCCGCUGGUCCGGUCGUCGCGUAGCGCCCUCACCCCCAGCCACCCCCACCACGAAGGCCGCGCGCUCCCCGCCUUCCGACGUCGCUCUCUCCGCCCAGCUCAAGCGCCCAGCGGUGAGGGAAGGGAAGGAAAAACAGACCUUUUUUUUUCUUCUCGGCGGCCUCGUGACUAUGGAUCCGCCGAGCUCCGGUCUCCCGCCGGUGCCGAGGUUUCCUGGCUCGAUCCGUGACCGGCCCACGUGGAGACGGUGCUGGUGCUAGUACCGGUGCCUCCACCGUGUUUCUUGGCGACCUUACUACCUCCUCUCCUCCUCUGGAAGAUUGCUGCUGCAGCCUGCAGGAAAGAUGGCCGAACGCCGAAGGUGGGCAGCGAGCGUCGGCGCGUGCAGUGUGGAAUCGACGCCGAGCGCCUCCAGUCGGUGCAGGAAUGCGCAAAUGCACGUCUGAAUGAAGCCUGGUUGGUGGUAGAGCCGAUGGUGGUGGGAACGGCGCCGUGCGGGGUCUCCGUCUCCUCCGUGUGGAUCCUCCUGCUCCUUUCCUCCCUGCUCCUCUCGCCGUCGGCGGCGUCCGUCGAUUUCGGCCACUGCGGCUGCGACGACGCCGACGACGGCGCCCUCUCGAGCACCUACAACAUCCUGCAAUGCCAGAAGGUCAGCGACUUCCUCAUCGCCGCGGCCUACUUCUCCAUCCCGCUCGAGCUGCUCUACUUCGCCACCUGCUCCGACCUUUUCCCCCUCAAAUGGAUCGUGCUGCAGUUCGGCGCCUUCAUCGUGCUCUGCGGCCUCACGCACCUCAUCACCGUGUUCACCUACGACCCGCACUCCUUCCACCUCGUGCUCGCCCUCACCGUCGCCAAGUUCAUGACGGCACUAGUCUCCUUCGCCACAGCCAUCACGCUGCUGACACUGAUACCGCAGCUCCUGAGGGUGAAGGUCAGGGAAAACUUCCUGGUGAACAAGGCACGUGAGCUGGACCGGGAGGUGGGGAUGAUGAAAAUGAAAGAAGAGGCGAGCUGGCAUGUGCGUAUGCUCACACAGGAGAUCCGCAAGUCGCUCGACAGGCACACCAUCUUGUACACCACCAUGGUUGAGCUCUCGAAAGCGCUGGAACUGCAGAAUUGUGCUGUCUGGAUGCCCGAUGAAACCAGGAGCGAGAUGAUCUUAACUCAUCAGCCAAGGGAAAGGGAUAUAAUGGACCAGCAGAACUGCUCGAUUCCUAUUGAUGAUCCAGAUGUUCAAGAAAUAAAGGCUACCAAGGACGCAAAAGUUCUUGGGCCAGAUUCGGCACUAGGGGUUGCUACCCGCAAGCUUGACGUGGGGCCUGUGGCUGCAAUAAGGAUGCCGAUGUUAAGGGUGUCAAAUUUCAAAGGAGGGACUCCAGAAGUGAUGCAGACGAGCUAUGCUAUCUUGGUUCUGGUUUUGCCUAAUGAUGGUUCAUUGGGGUGGGGUAGAAGAGAGUUGGAGAUUGUUGAAGUAGUUGCUGACCAAGUUGCGGUCGCUUUGUCACAUGCUGCACUCCUAGAGGAGUCUCAGCUGAUGCGAGAGAAACUUGCUGAGCAGUAUAGGGACUUGCUGCAGGCAAAGCAUGAAGCCAUGAGGGCAGGGGAAGCUCGGAAUUCCUUCCAGACUGCAAUGUACGACGGAAUGCGAAGGCCAAUGCACUCAAUCCUUGGUCUUGUCUCAAUGAUGCAACAGGAGAGCAUGAAUCCAGAGCAAAGGGUUGUGAUGGAUGCCAUUGCCAAGACAAGCAGUGUUGCGUCCACACUGAUGAAUGAUGUGAUGCAAACAUCGACAAUGAACUGUGAGCACUUGUCUUUGGUGAGGAGGCCGUUCAAUCUUCAUUCUUUUAUUAAAGAAGCUGUUGGAGUGGUCAGAUGUCUAACUGGUUGCAAGGGUGUAGAGUUUGAGUUUCAAGUGGAUAAUUCUUUGCCAGAAAGGAUCAUUGGUGAUGAGAAGAGAGUCUUCCACAUUGUCCUGCACAUGGUAGGCACCCUAAUAAACCGAUGUAAUGUCGGCUGUAUCUCGUUAUAUGUCAAUGGUCAUAAUGAGGUUGAAGAGAGGCAUAAUCAUGACUGGAUGCUGCGGAGAACAAACUUCUCUGGGGGCUAUGUUUGUGUGAAAUUUGAGAUUAGGAUUAGAAAAUCCAAGGACUAUCUUUUGAGUUCAAACGGUCAGAUAAGUCAUGGGUCCAAACCAAACAAUUCUGAGAUGGGGCUUAGCUUCAAUAUGUGCAAGAAGAUUGUGCAGAUGAUGAACGGCAACAUUUGGUCAGUAUCAGAUUCUAAAAGCGUUGGAGAAACCAUCAUGCUGGUCCUCCAGUUCCAGCUGCAGCCUCUGACUGCGGUCUCCUCCGCGGCGUCUUCAGACUUGAGCCGAUCGUCCGCAAUCCCCAACUUCAACGGGCUCAGAGUCCUCCUGGCGGACAGCGACGACACCAACAGAGCAGUAACACACAGGCUCCUGGAGAAGCUCGGCUGCCGGGUCCUUUCGGUCGCCUCCGGUGUCCAAUGCACGAGCUCCUUCGCCGCCGAGCCGUCCUUCCAGCUGGUGGUCCUGGACCUCGCCUUGCAGAGGACGGACGGGCUCGAAGUGGCCCGCGCGAUCAGGAAGUUCAGUAGCAAUAGCUGGCUGCCGCUGAUCGUCGCCCUAGCUGCGAGGAUCGAUGACAAGGUCCGAGACGGAUGCCAGAGGUCGGGGAUAAGCGGCCUGAUCCAGAAACCGGCCACGUUAGCUGCGCUGGGAGAUGAGCUGUAUAGGGUCCUUCAGAACAGUUGAAAGUGCCGCCUGAUGGUUCUCAUUGCUUUCAGAAUUCUCAAUAGACCGCUGUAGCUUGGUUAGAUCCAUACAUUCACAAAACAUUUGGGGGCAGGCGAAGGGAAAUGUAUAGGAAAAGCUGGAAGACCGCUGCUUCUCGCUUGGUUCCUCAGUAGUGAAGGACGACGGUGACAGGAAGGUACAGAAUUUUGGAGAGAUCAUACUGGUAGAGCUUAGACUCAUUCAUUUGUAAAACCCUCGGAUAAUCCAAGGUUUAGAUUCUUGCACUAGCACUAACCACGGUAUAAAUAGUUUGGACGAAAUCCAUGGAUGGGUUCAGUGAAUGCUGGCAUAGUAGAUGCCUAAAGGGGGCAAGGAACUUUUGUUAUCGGUUAGACAUGCUGAAAAGCAGGCCGGAUGAGAUUGCGGACAGGAAGGCAGCUGAUACGGCCGAUGCUGACCUUGUAUCUUGUUGAAGAUUAAAUACUAUGGUAGUAGUACUUGCAGUCUUGAUCUGGUGGGUA